GGAGGAGCUGCAGGAGGAGGAGCUGCAGGGAGCCUGCCAGUCGGAGGCCCCCUCUGACCUGAAGCCCCCCCUACCCGACCCGGCCUUCAACAGGAGGUGCAGCCUCCUCCUCAGCGACGUGAAGUAUAAGGAGGACUUUGAGAAGAUGAAGGGUCACAGUCUGUUUGUUCCUGGAGCCGAACUCAUCCACGCCAAGAACAUCAGCGCCGUGAUAUCCGAGUCCAAGUACAAAGACGAGGGGAGGAAGGAGGCGUCCGUGUCGCUGUACUCCGCCCUGCCGGAGACUCCAGAGACCCGGCGUGCCAGAGAGGCCUCAGACCUGCAGAGCGAGGUGAAGUACAGAGGGAACGUGAGGGCGGACGGGUCCUCGCUCUACUCUCUGCUGCCGCAGACCACCGAGACGCAGUUCGUCAAAGAGCUGACGGAGAUGCAGAGUGAGAACAAGUACAAGGAGGAAGGAAAGAAGGAGAUGAGCAGCAGCUUCUACUCUCAGCUCCCCGAAACCAGCGAGACGCAGCACGCCAGAUCCGUCCAGGAGCAUCAGAGCCAGAAUAAGUACCAGGAGGCCGGGAGGAGGAAGGCCUCCAUCUCUCUCUACUCUCAACUCGCUGACACCCCAGAGGUCCACCACGCCGUGGAGAUGUCUCAGCUGCACAGCGAGGUGAAGUAUCGGCCCAAGGUGCUGGUGAGAGGAGCCCCCCCGUCCCUCUACUCCCAGCUGGCCGACACCCCGGAGAUCCAGUUCGCCCGAGAGACGGGCGAGAUGCAGAGUGAGACGAGGUACCGGCGGGGGAAGGAGGACGCGUCCUCGCUGUACUCCGCCCUGCCGGAGACGCUGGACACGCUGCACGCCAGAGAGGCCUCCGAGCUCCAGAGUCAGCUGAAGUACAAAGAGGCCGCGGGGAGAAGUGGCCCGUCCGCCCUGUUCCACCGGCUGGCCGAGACGCCGGAGACGGCGCACGCCAGGGAGGCCGGCGAGCUCCUCAGCGAGGCGAGGUACAAAGAGGAGGCAAAGAAGGAGAUGAGCGUGAACCUCUACUCGCUGCUGCCCGAGACCAUCGACACGCGGCACGCCAAAGACGCCGCCGGGCUGCAGAGCCGGGCGAAGUACAGAGAAGGUGUGAAGCAGCAGGCGCAGGGCAGCUUGUUCCAUCAGCUCCCACAGACCACAGAGACACAGCUGGCCAAACAUCUGUCCCAGCUGCAGAGCGAGAACAAGUACAAGGAGGCGGGUAAGAAGGAGGCGAGGACGCCUCUUUACUCCCUCCUCCCUCACACCAUGGAGACGCUGCACGCCAAGGAAGCAGCCGACCUCCUCAGCGAGGUGAAGUACAAAGGCAGCGUGAGGGAGGAGCUGGAGGAGUCGCUGUACUCCUCUCUGCCCGACACCGCGGACACCAGCUUCUGCAGAGAGAUGAGCGGCCUGCAGAGCGCGAACAAGUACAAGGAGGACGGGAGGCGGAGCCUCUCUCACAGUUUCUACUCGCAGCUUCCGGAAACGUCCGAGACUCGAUUCUCUAAAGCGGCGUCAGAGUUGCAGAGCGAGAUGAAGUACAGAGAAGCAGGAAAGAAAGAAUCCGCCGGCUCUUUGUACUCGACUCUACCGGAGACGCUGGACACGCUGCACGCCAAACAGGCCUCACAUCUGCAGAGUCAGCUGCAGUACAAGCAGAGCCUGAAGCCCGCCCUCUUCCACCUGAUGCCGGAGACCCAGGACACGCUCGCCGCCCGCCGACAGACGGAGCAGCUGAGCGAGGUCCAGUACAAAGAGGAGGCCAAGAAGGAGGCGAGCGUGGCCCUGUACUCCCUGCUGCCCGACACCGUUGAUACCCAGCAUGCAAAGGGGCAGGCGGACAUGCAGAGUGAGGUGAAGUACAAAGAGGCCGGCAGGAAGCAGGCGUCCACGUCUCUGUACCACCGACUAGCCGAGACUCUGGAGACGCAGCACGCCAAAGAGGCCUCGCAGCUCCAGAGUCAGAUCUCGUACCGAGCGGCUGGUAGGGAGGAGAUGUCGAGUCCGGCUUACGGCCGGCUGGCCGACACCUCGGAGACGCAGCUCGCCCGAGAGCUCUCCGACAUGCAGAGCCAGAACAAGUACAAGGAGGCCGGAACGAGGAGCCUCCCUCACAGCUUCUACUCGCAGCUGGCUCAGACCGCAGAGACGCAGUUUGCUCAGAGUGUGACGGAGCUGCAGAGCCAAAGCAAGUAUAAGACGUCCGGGCGGCGGGACGCCGGCACGUGUCUCUACUCAGUGAUGCCCGAGACGCUGGAGACACAACACGCCAGAGAGGCCUCUCAGAUCCAGAGCCAGCUGAAGUACAAAGACCAGGUGGAGCAGUCGGCAUCUUUGUUCUCCACCCUUCCUCAAACCCUGCAGACGGAGCGGGCCAAGGAGGUGACGGAGCUGCAGAGCCAGGUGAAGUACAGAGCGGGAGGGAAGGAGGACGCGUCCUCGCCGCUCUACCGCCUCCUCCCGGAGACGGCGGAGACGCACUUCGCCAAACAGAUGUCGGAGAUCCAGAGCGAGACGAAGUACAAGAAGGACAAAGAGGACAUGUCCAACGCGCUGUUCUCUCUGCUGCCGGAGACGCUGCACACUCAGUUUGUGAAGGACAUGGCGGAGACGCACAGCGAGGUGAAGUAUAAGCAGGUUGGGAAGCAGCAGACGGCUUCUUCUCUUUACUCUAAACUUCCAGAGACUCUGGAGAUCAAACACGCCAAAGAGGCCACGCAGCUCCAGAGUGAAAAGAAGUACAGAGACGAGGGGAGGAAGGAGAGGACGUCGUCUCUGUACGCUCUCCUCCCCCACACCUCAGAGACACACAAAGCCAGAGAGACGAGUGAGAUCCAGAGUGAGAACAAGUACAAGGAGAGCGGGAAGAAGGGGCGGAGCUCCAGCGCCUUCUCCCGCCUCCCAGAGACCAGCGACACGCGGCGCUCCAGAGCGCUGUCCCAGAUGCAGAGCGAGGUCCGAUAUAAAGAGGCGGGGAGGAGAGACGCCGCCGCCUCGCUGUACUCCACGCUGCCCGAGACUCCCGACACGGUUCACGCCAAGGAGGCCUCCGAGCUGCAGAGCCUGGUGAAGUACAGGCAGGACGGCAGGAAGGAGGCGAGCGCGUCUCUGUACCACCGGCUACCCGUAACCACGGAGACGCAGCUGGCCAAAGAGCAGAGAGACGCGUGCAGCGAGGUGAAGUACAGAGAAGAGGGGAAGAAGCAGGCGAUGAAGAGCUUGUACUCGCUCCUCCCGGAGACGCCCGAGACGCAGCUCGCCAAGCAGCUGUCAGAGAUACAGAGUGAGACGAAGUACAAGAAGGACAAAGAGGACAUGUCCAACGCGCUGUUCUCUCUGCUGCCGGAGACGCUGCACACUCAGUUUGUGAAGGACAUGGCGGAGACGCACAGCGAGGUGAAAUACAAGGAGGCCGGGAAGAAGGAGGCCAGCGUCUCUCUGUACCACCGGCUGCCCGAGACGCUGGAGACGCGGCGCGUCAGAGAGGUCACGGAGCUGCAGAGCGAGAACAAGUACAAGCAGAGCGGGAAGGAGUCCAUGGCGUCCAGCCUGUACGCUCAGCUGCCGCAGACCGCCGAGACGCAGCUCGCCGCCAAGAUGUCCGACCUGCAGAGCGCGAGUAAAUACAGGGAGGACGGCGUCAGGAGCCUCUCGCAGAGUUUCUACUCGCAGCUCCCAGAAACCUCAGAGACUCAGUUUGCCAAAACCGUCUCCGAGCUGCAGAGUGAGGCCAAGUACAAGGAGGCGAGCAGGAAGGAGGCGAGCGGCUGUCUGUACCACCAGCUCCCUGUAACCAUGGAGACGCAGCACGCCAAAGAGGCGAGCGAGCUGCAGAGUCAGGUGAGGUACACGCAGGGCGGCAGGAAGGAUCAGAGCAGCAGCCUGUACUCCGCUCUGCCUCAGACUCGAGACAUGAACUUAGCCAAAGCUGCCAUGGAGCUCCAGAGUGAGAAUAAGUACAAGCAGAAAGGCAGACUGGAGAUCAGCAGCAGCGCUUUCCACCAAAUGGCAGAAACCAAAGAGACGCAGUUCCUGAAGCAGAUCUCAGAGCUGCAGAGCGAGACGAAGUACAAGAAGGACAAAGAGGACAUGCCCAACGCGCUGUUCUCUCUGCUGCCGGAGACGCUGCACACUCAGUUUGUGAAGGACAUGGCGGAGACGCACAGCGAGAGCAAAUACAAGGAGGCGAGUAAGAAGGAGCUGGUGAACAGUCUGUACUCCCUCCUGCCGGAGACCAAGGACACGCAACACGCCAAGGAGCAGAGCCAGCUGCACAGCGAGAAGGCGUACCGGGAGGACGGGAGGAAGGAGGCCGGCUGCAGUCUGUACGCCAUGAUGCCAGAAACCAUCGACACGGUGUUCACCAGAGAGCUCACCAAGACGCAGAGCAAC